GUGAAAACAAAAUGCUCGCAGCGAUUAACCUCCGUGUCCCUCUGCGGCAGCGAAGAGCCGUCCGUCGGCGACACUCUCCAUGGCGACCUGGCAAAGCUCCUCCCGUCAGCGCAGUGCUGCAGGGGCUUUCCUUUGGAUGAGGAGUAGGAAAUGAAUGAGGAGUAACGUUUGGUGGGAGGAAGCAUCAGAUUGACAAAAGGAGGAGCCUGAAGAGAGCUAAGGGAGGGGCACAGACAGGCUUGGCAGAUGUGUUUUGUCUUCAGCUGUGAGAUAACCGCGGCCAGGGAAUAACUGCCGGCUGCAAAGACGACUUUCAACAACAUCAGCUUUUUCUUUUUUCACUCGCUGUCUUUUACUUUGUUUAAUCUCUUUCGGAUCGCAUACAAACCUUCCUGCUGAAACUAUGGAUAACUUCCAGACUGUCCUUCGUUUCUUCAUGAACCAGAAAGCCACCAUUGGUUACAGUUUUAUGGCUCUCCUGACUAUAGGUGGGGAGCGAGUCUUCUCCAUGGUCUCCUUUCAGUGCCCAUGCAAUCACGACCAGAACUUUGCCUACGGACUGACUUUCCUGCUGGGCCCGGCUGCAGUCUUGCUGGUCAUGGGUCUGUUCCUCAGCACCAGAUUGUGGAGACUCUAUACGGGCUGCUGCCUUAAUCCCAUGAAGCUUUGUCCCCGUGGGAACUGCUUUGGCUGCCUCAGGGUGCUCAUGAACAUCUUCACCGGGGCUUGUGUGGCUCCUAUCAUGUGGCUGUCUGUCGCCCUGCUCAAUGGGACUUUUUAUGAGUGUGCUGUCAGCGGUCUCGAUGAUAACCUUGUGGUGGAUCUGUUCUGUAAAAAUAAGACCAUGAAGUGUCGGGAGGAGCUGGCCAGAGUACCCUGUGACCGGUCCAAACUGUCCAGUGAAGAGCGCAUGGAGCUGCUGCUAAUGUUCAGGGCCCAGUCACAGAUCCUGGGCUGGUGUAUUGUCAUUAUCGCCUCCAUUGUGGGCCUCCUGGGUACCUGCUGCACAAACUGUCGUUCCAAAGUCAGCUUCCUGCAGCUCACAUUCUGGAAACGCUACGUUGAGAAAGAGAAGGAGCGCUUUGAUGUCUUCGCUGUGGACUACGCUACCAAGCUGGCUGAGAGAAACCUGCAGAGCUUCUUUGAGAAUAAGGACCCUGAACCAUUUCCUUUCCCUAACCACAAGGCAUGGGAGGAGAUCUCUUCACUCUACACCUUUUCCAGGAGCGAGCAGUAUUACAGCACCCUGCAGCGUUACGUGGAGAGGACCGACAGGGACUUUACCCCGGAAAACAGACCUGUCAUGGAUUUAGAGCAUGGAAUAGAGAUGAGCUAGAGGAGGAAUAUGAUGUCCAUUUGCCAUGUAAUUGAAUGAUGAAUGUAUAAUACAUAUUACAGUCACAGAUAAGGUGUGGCUAUAAAAGAAGGUUGAGUGAAUACUCUUUUUCUAUUGAAUAACAAAUAUAACAACUUUUGAUUAACCCAUUUACAUUUCAGGCUUAAAUCACCACCUUUGGGUUUAAGAAGUACCCAGUUCCAUUAUAUGUCCCAUCCGUUCCAGGUACGGACACAAAUACAGAUCUUUUGGUCAGUUGAACAGGUACAGAUGUUUCAAAGAUGGCUGCCUUCGCACUGACAGAUGUGCUUUUCCACAAUGUUACUCCAAAGUAGUGUCUUUCAAAGUGGAGUCAAUGAGGUGCUGCUAGCAAAGCAGGCACAGGUCUGUAGCAAGACAAUGUUUUAGGAUUUCUUUUGUAAGCAAUAAAUGUUGACUACCGUGCACACUGCUUUUGAAAUGUUGCCUUACUUUGGAUUUAUAAACUAACCUAUUCACUAAAUUAUAGCUAUUUUAGAAGGUUGCAGUCAGGACCAUAGGUCCAACUGAGAGCACUGUUGUUCUAAUGUGUCCGUGUUAUUUCUGGGAAUUGAAUGCAUGUCCCAGAUAAACUUUGUCAGUUUAAAAAUAAACUUGGAGAAAAAAAAUAAUCUUUGAUUGAUAAUAUUAAAGGGGCUAUAUGUAACAACUUUUAACAAUUUACACGGAUUAAUAACCCUUCUACUACUGGCCAUAUGGUAGUGGAUUGUAACAUGGCAUGAAAAAUGGCAGACUCCCUCCUGAAUUGUUAAAGUCAUUUUAUGCUGCUGCAUUUCUUUCUGAAGGACUUCCAGUGAUAUUAGUGUUUAAGUAUAUUCUAGGCACAAUUUAUACAUGAAAUAUUUGUAACGCCCACUGCACCCUGCAGUCUUCCGCUCCUGAUUCCACACCUCUUAUAACCUUUCAAAUCUACUUACCAGGUCAACCUAUUGUUUAUCUCAGAUUUACUUAUUCCCAUUGAUCCGCCUCACCCCUUCCCUGCCUUUUACCUGUUGUCAGAUGGCAACAGGGUGAACAGACUGUGGCUGGGUGGGUGUUGUCUUUUGGUUUCUUUGGGCUUUCAAGAAUAUGAGUCACAGUAAAAUACACUGCACAAUUGUAGAAAAAUAUUUUUUUAAAACGGAAUCAGAAGUCAACACCUAAAACUUACAUCACAAAAACAUUGCAAAGAUUGUGAGAGAGUGUGUGUAUUUAGGGGCUGUCACUGCUAGGUACACCUUCAAAAAGAAUAAUUUCACACCAGCCAAAACAUACUAACUCCUGCUAAUAUUGUCUUUCAUGUGUGUGAAUGUUUACAAUUGUCAUUUACUUGCCUGUGUUGUAAAUGUAACAUCUGGGUCAACACCUUAGUUUACUCUCAUUUUCAGGCGUCUUACUCUGACGCGUGGGGAAGUUAAAGCAGUUGGCCUGUUUCUGCGUCACACAGUGCUUGAACAUUGUUCAGCUGGCGCUGAGUUUGAAAGAGAGACUGAAGUUAAGGAUACAUCUCCUCAGCUACCUGCAGAUGUCUCACUCCUUAGCAACUUCCAUUAUUAGCUCCAAAAAAUCAACAUGUCUAAUUCAGAAUAUUAUAGGUUAAAACUUAAGUUUCAAGUCUUCUGGAUAUGGUCUGAUGAAGCUUAUGACCUGCUCCCUGUUUUGCUGGUGCAUUAGAGAUGAUGAACGUUACACAGGGAAAAAACAGGGUUGCAUGAAACUUCACCUAUGGCAAUGUCUGCCUUUUAAAAAAAAAUAUUUGCCACACAAUAUCCAAAGCAUGUGAACACUUGUCCUGUAAAGACUAAGUGAUCAUUUACCGAAGCAACAGUUUGUGGUUUGCAUGAUGAAUUAUGAACCCGGUGUUAGUUUAAGAUUGUGCUUCCAAGUUUAUCUUGAUGUACAAAUGAUCUAUUUAAUGUGUUUUAAUGUGAACUAGUGAACAAUAACAAGUGCUGUGUACCCUGCUACAAGCCACUGCUCUCUUGUUCAAGCCACUGCUCCCUUUUCAAUGACUGGUAAUUCAUAGACGAGUUGAAACUUGAACAAUCCCUGUAGCUCAACAAUUUAUGACUUAAACGGCCAAGGCUCUAUGGCGCAGUGUGAGUGUUUUUCCACUGCACAGAGAGGUAAAGAUUACCUUAAUGGCAUGCUGAAGAUGGAGUCUGUUGUCUGCAGUUCUUCAUCUGAUAGCUCAUUCUGUCUAUUUCUGCUAGGGCUAUUUCUUUGCUGCAAUAAUUGAAACUGAUCCACUGAUGAAACAGAGCAGAAUGUGUCCAUAUCUGGUUGAUAAGACGUGUUGUUAUAGAAGAAUAGGACUGCUAAUGAUGCUUGAUUACUUAAAAAUGAGUGUGUGUGUGUGUGUGUGUGUGUGUGUGU